UUGCGGCCAUGAGUCACGUGGCGGGGGUGGAGCGGGAGGGCUCUGUGCCUGACUAGCGCCCCCAUCCACCAUGUUUUCUGACCGACUCUAGUUUGUUUUUUUUCCCUAAAACCAAAUGGAAAUGGCCGGAGAGCUCCGGGGAACCUAGGUGCCCCGGCUUCUGCCGAGCCUGGGCUGACGCGCAAGCGUGGCGGGAAUAUCCUAGCGGGCCUUCACGGAGAGGCGAUGGCGUCUAGCAGUAACUGGCUGUCCGGAGUGAAUGUCGUGCUUGUGAUGGCAUACGGGAGCCUGGUAUUUGUACUGCUGUUUAUUUUUGUGAAGAGACAAAUCAUGCGCUUUGCAAUGAAAUCUAGAAGGGGACCUCACGUCCCUGUGGGACACAAUGCCCCCAAGGACUUGAAAGAGGAGAUCGACAUUCGACUGUCCAGGGUUCAGGAUAUCAAGUAUGAACCCCAGCUCCUUGCAGAUGAUGACACCAGACUACUGCAGCUGGAAACCCAGGGGAAUCAAAGUAUGUGGCAAGCUCUUGGAGGAUGUUUCACCAAGUCCCAAUGUGGUUGCUACAACUAUCUAUACAGGAUGAAAGCUCUAGAUGCCAUCCGUGCCUCUGAGAUCCCAUUUCAUGCUGAAGGCCGGCACCCUUGUUCUUUAAUGGGUAAGAAUUUCCGCUCCUACUUGCUAGAUCUGCGAAACACUAGCACUCCUUUUAAGGGUGUUCGCAAGGCCCUCAUUGAUACUCUCCUGGAUGGAUAUGAGACAGCCCGCUAUGGGACAGGGGUUUUUGGCCAGAACGAGUACUUGCGGUAUCAGGAGGCCUUGAGUGAGCUGGCUACUGUAGUCAAAGCACGAAUUGGGAGCUCUCAGAGGCAACACCAGUCAGCAGCCAAAGACUUAACCCAGUCGCCUGAGAUGUCGCCAACAACCAUCCAGGUCACAUACCUCCCCUCCAAUCAGAAGAGCAAACGUCCUAAGCACUUCCUCGAACUGAAGAGCUUUAAGGACAACUAUAACACACUGGAGAGUACUCUGUAAUGGAGCUACACAGAAGCCAGCUGUGCGGCAUUCGGGAUAUCUGGCUCAGAGGCCCAGACUUUAUUGGCCAGAGCUUCUGUGAGUCCAGAGUUCUCACAGAGCUGGGUCUGAGAGGUCAUUUCCAGCCCUUUCUUAUGUUGGCUAAGAUCCUCUAUCUCCAAGGAGCACUUUUUCUGGAUUUAAAUUCAAAUGUCAUUCUUAAUGUUUGUCAGAGCUUCCUUGAAAAUCUUCCUUUGUUUUUGGCUGUAAUUCACCUACCCUGUUCAAUGCUGUUUAGUCCCAAAGGUGUAAAUUGAGGUGAGAUGUCUUCUAAAUCUAUCCCAUUGCACUCAAAAUAUUUGGGUUUAGAGAUCUCAGAUUUGAUUAGUGGAAAAGUCAGGCAAGGACCUCAUAAGGAAAAGGGAAUGAGUAAGCUGGUAGAAUGUCCCCUGGAAUUUUGGUGCUCAUUUAAACCAGUAUUGAUAUGAGAACAUGACUUUCCUGAAGUGGGAGGAUGUGUCCCCACCUUCACCCAAUACCAUUAUGACAAGUCAGAAUGAGUGUUCUGGUACUUGGCAUAACCUCUGCUGAGAUAGUGAGACACAGCAAGAAGUAGUUUCCUCUGAUGUCAGUAUUUUAGUCUCAGUUUACAAUUUAUUUAAUAAAAUUAAUUAAGAAAAUGAA